UAUUGGUAAAUAAACUCCGGAUCGUUCUCCGUGCUGGCGGAAAAAUUUUCGCGCUUUUCCGAUAUGAACCGCCGAAUUCCUGUUUCCUCCUGCUCGUCUCUCACUCUCUCUUUAUUAUUCUGAGUUAGCGGAGAAAAUGGGGAGAAGGAAAAGGCCUAGGGUUUCGGAAGAACCUCGGGGCGAUCAAGAAUCCGGAGGCGAUCUUGAAGAACCGUCCGCAAGAGAGAAGAGCUUGUACGAGAUUCUUGGGGUUGAAAAGACAGCAUCCCAGCAGGAAAUAAAGAAAGCUUACUACAAGUUAGCCUUGCGUCUUCAUCCAGAUAAAAACUCUGAUGAUGAGGAAGCCAAAGAAAAGUUUCAGCUAUUGCAAAAGGUUAUGUCAGUUCUUGGGGAUGAGGAGAAAAGGGCGUUUUAUGAUCAGACUGGUUCUGUUGAUGAUGAUGCUCUUUGUGGAGAAGGUGCCAAUAAUAUCUGGAGUUUUUUCAGGACAAUGUACAAAAAGGUAACAGAAGCUGACAUUGAAGAAUUUGAAGCGAAUUACAGAGGAUCUGAUUCCGAGAAGAAGGAUCUAGAGGAGCUUUUUUCAAAAUAUAAGGGAAAUAUGAACAGGCUUUUCUGUUCAAUGCUUUGCUCCGAUCCAAAGCUCGACUCUCACCGAUUCAAACAUAUAAUUGACGAGGCAAUCGCGGAAGGGGAACUGAAGCCAACUAAAGCAUAUCAGAAAUGGUCAAAGCAGAUUUCUGAAACUAAACCGCCUACAGAUCCUCUAGUGAAAAAGAGACAGUCAAACAGGCAGUCAAAUCUGGAUUUAGUUGCUGUCAUUACUCAGCGUAGGAACCAAAGAAAAGAGCAAUUCAGCUCCUUCCUCUCAUCAGUUAUGGCCGAGUAUGGUGGGCACGUAGAACCAGAACCAACAGAGGAAGAGUUUGAAAGGGCGCUGCAACGGCUUGAAAGCAGGAGAGGGAACAAAAAGAGGAAAUAACAGCAGAAAUUUAUGAUAUGUACUGGGUGAUUUCUAUUUUUUUCUUUUUUUUUUUUUUUUUUUUGAAUUUUUGAGCGAAUUUAAUCUCAGAAAUUUAUGAUAUGGCCAAAAUUUCUUGGUUGAAAGUCUGAAGCGUCAGCUCUCAACUAAGAGGCUAAUGUGGGUUGCAUUGAUAGCAGCUUUACUAUAUUAUUUAAUAGGUGGCAAUAUCCAUAUUAAAUGAGAUGUUAUAUAUAAGGAAUAUUAUUUUGGCCUUUGGUUAUUUCAUAUAUUUUUAAAAUUU